GAAUAAGAGUAAGAAGGAAUUUUGUUGCAGGCUGCUUCAGAUGCAUUUUACUUAAGAAGCAGACACUUGUUAACCUGGAUAUACUUUGGAUUUUUCCGAUGGAUUUCUUUAACGAUUCAAAUGUUUCUCUUGAAGACACUAAUUCAACAGCAACAGCUGUUGAUGCAGCCCUUCAUUGCAGUGCCAUCCUCCCUGUCAUCUUCGGCAUCAUCUGCUUUCUGGGUAUCAUUGGAAACUGUAUCGUCAUCUACACAAUUAUGAAGAAGACCAAGUGCCGGGCAAAACAAACUGUUCCGGACAUUUUCAUCUUAAAUUUGUCAAUUGUUGAUCUCCUGUUUCUCCUUGGGAUGCCAUUCCUCAUCCACCAGUUGCUGGGCAACGGUACCUGGCACUUUGGAGCUGCAAUGUGUACGGUCAUCACUGCUCUUGACUCCAAUAGCCAGAUUGUCAGUACUUACAUCCUCACCGCAAUGACCCUCGAUCGUUACUUGGCUACGGUCCAUCCUAUACGCUUCAACUACAUCCGCACACCUUGUGUGGCAGUGCUGGUCAUUGGCCUGGUGUGGGGUCUGUCGUUACUCACCAUCAUCCCCGUAUGGAUGUACGCAGGUCUGAUGCCUCUCCCGGAUGGCCUGGUGGCCUGUGCUCUCCUUUUGCCUGACCCAGUCACUAACACCUACUGGUUUACGCUUUACCAGUUCUUCUUGGCAUUUGCUAUACCUUUGAUCAUCAUCUGCCUGGUGUUCUUCAAGAUCCUCCAGCACAUGUCCACCAGCGUGGCACCACUGCCUCCACGGAGUUUGAGGGUGCGCACCAGGAAGGUGACCCGGAUGGCAGUGGCCAUCUGCCUGGCUUUCUUCAUCUGCUGGGCCCCUUACUACAUCCUUCAGCUAAUCCACCUAGGGGUGCAGAAGCCAAGUCUAGCUUUCUCCUACGCCUACAACAUAGCCAUUAGCAUGGGCUACGCUAACAGUUGCAUCAACCCAUUCCUCUACAUUAUCCUAAGUGAGACCUUCAAGAGGCAGUUUCUCAGGGCUGUGCGCCCAAUUAAUAGAACGUUCCGUGUGAACCCGAGCACCACUGAUGGUGGCAGUGUGAGUGUGAGAAUGGUACCUGAAGGGGCUCAUCAGGAGGAGCCAGCGUCUGGGGAGAUGAUACCAUCCAUUGUGGCUCCACAGUGAAUCAGUAAAUAAAAAUAAAAUUGGACAAACAUUAGCACAAGAACAUGUGUACAUGCUGGUACUGAACAGUAAUGUUUGCACAUCAACUUCAAUCGACCAUUUUAUUCAAACAAUACGUUUGUUAGUUUAUAGCCAAGAGCUGAAUUAAAAUACUGUUAGACUCAUUCCCAUCACUCCCAAUCAUGCAAAGCACAGUGUUACUGAUUUAGCUGGGCUUUAUUUUUUGAAAAUUCAGUUCAAUUCAGGCAUGUGCGGCUAGCUAACAACAUGCAUUGACUCAAUGAAUUCCAGAUGAUACUGUUAUGUUCCUCCACUCUGCUCUAGUUUGAACAAUCAUGAAGUAGAUUUAUACAGCUUGGGUAAUCACACAUUUAUGUUAAAUGGGAGACAUUUUCAACCUGUGUAGACAUAUCUUUACCUCAACCUGGUGAAUGCAAAUGUUUUUGAGUCCACUCACAUCUUUCAAUUGAAUUUUUUAACACAACUAAGUACUACUGAUUAGGCUAUAAUAACAAUGACUGUAAAUUAUGGGUCUGGAUUAAAAAAGUGACCUUAUCCCUUUUCCAGUUUCUUCCAGACUGGAUCAUGUAUUGUAAAUAUUUUAUGAAAGUUAAGAAAGUUCUGGCUGAUGGCACACUAUCUGGUAACAAGUGGAGUAAAUGUCACAAAUAAUUGCCGCCCAGGGCAGUAUUUCACAUUGUAAACUCCCAGUAGAUACUACAUUAUGAUACACACACACCAUGUUUAAUGUAAGGAUACUGUGAAGGACAUAAAGUACAUUAUGUCACCGACACACAUACAUUCAAUAUAAUAUAAAGCGUCACACAGAUGUUACUGCAGCUUUGAUAAUCAUUCUUCUUUGUUCUCGUGUCGUGUGGUUCUGUGAUUUCUGUGAAUAUAUAACCUCUGUAGAAUAUAAGAAUGAAGAAUGAGACUGGAGAUAAUGUCUUGGAUCAUAAAUUGUGAAAUGCGAAGUCUCUUCGGCCCUUUAAUGUAAGUAUGUAUGUUGACUUUCAAUCAGCUGACUGACUCCCCGUUAUAGUGGCAGUAUUGACAGUAGCUGGAGAGCAGAAUAUUUGUAUUAUAUUUGGCACUUUCCAUUAGCCCUCUUUGUAAUUAACAAUUUUAUCAUGGAAUGGGUAAUUUCCAGUCAGGGACAAUUAGGUUAGCUGUUCAUGUUAGUUUUCUGUUCUUAUUUUCUGUUUUAUAGUAAAAAUCCAGAUGCAUUCACCUGACUUUUGUUUUUUUAACUUUGUAUAUCUUUUUCAGCAGUGCUUUUAGUUAUGUUGGCAUUUGGAUUGUUAAUUUGUUUUUGGUCCUGCUUGUCUUGUUUGCUUGUUUGUUGUCAGCAUCUCAUAAACUUGUCAAGUUCAAUGAAAUUUGGAGUAAAGUUUGGCCAUGGCCAAAGGGACAAGCGGGUAGUUUCUGGUGGCCCUUGUAGCAUCAUUUGGCUAAUGAUUGGCAAAGCAGUCACUCCAAGUUUCAGAUUUUGUCCAUUUCCUGCAACAAUUGCACAAAAAUUGGUGCCAAUAGAACGAUGCUUGUAAAUCUGACUCACCGCACUUUUUACAAGCCAAAGAAAAAGGAAAAUUAAACCGAUUGUUUCCUGGAUUUUACAUUGCCAAACAUCAAAGAGUAGUAGUUUCCUCCAGAGGAACCUCUGUAAUAAGUUAAAUGGUUGUUUGUGAAGCAGGCAAAGCUGCUGCAUUUUUAGUAUCGAUUCAGUCUGAAAUCCAAAGUCAUGAAUAUAAAUGAAGGGCUUUGAUCUGGAUAAGCUGAUAUGUCAAAUCUAUAAAACAGUGCCAUUUUGCCAAUGAGGUGUUGUUAAUGUUGUUGCAUUGAAAUUAACUUAUAUUGUAUUUUUAGCAUGUACAGUUAUGAUGGUGUAAUUAUUUGUCUGGGAAGAGUUAUUUAUUUAAAUAUUAAAUAUUAAAUCACUAAUAUGAAACUCAGGGUUUCUCAACCUUUUUUGGCCAGUGACCCAGUUUUCAGAGUCUCAAAAUUGUCUUGAUGCCAGAAAAUUAGAGUGGUCAAGUUAUUAUUAGACUUGCUUACUUUUGUAUUCUAUUUUCAAGAGGGCAAAGAAAGCUCUGAAUGUAUGGUUAUCAAACCAUAUCCUGUAGGGUCCCGACACCAAGGAUGAGAAACUGAUGGUGUAACUGUUGUUCUUGUCCAUUAUGAAGUAAAAUUUAAUUAAUUUAAUGUAGAAGUGUUAAUUGUUGA